AUGGGGAGGAAGAACAAGAUUGAAGAUGAUUAUGUUACUGGGGUGAGGAUCGGGCAAGGAAAGUAUGGAUCUGUUUUGUUGUGUAGGUCUCUUGUUGGCGGCGCGGAGUAUGCGUGUAAGACUAUGAAGAAGGGGGAUGAGACUGUUUACAGGGAGGUGGAGAUAAUGCAGCACUUGUCUGGGCAUCCUAGGGUUGUGACUCAUCUGGCAGUGUAUGAGGAAGCUGAUUGCUCUCAUCUGGUGAUGGAAUUGUGCUCUGGGGGAAGACUUCUCGACCAGAUGUUUAGGGAGGGCCCUUGUUCUGAACAGCGGGCUGCUAAUAUACUUAAGGAAGUGAUGUUGGUCAUCAAGUAUUGUCAUGAUAUGGGAGUUGUGCACAGAGAUAUCAAGCCUGAGAAUAUUCUGCUUACUGCUUCGGGGGAAAUAAAGCUUGCUGAUUUUGGCCUGGCCAUGAGAAUUUCUAAGGGUCAGAACUUGACGGGUUUGGUUGGGAGCCCUGCAUAUGUUGCACCAGAAGUGUUGUUGGGUAGAUACUCAGAAAAGGCGGAUAUAUGGAGUGCUGGAGUGCUCCUGCAUGCUCUGUUGGUUGGUGUUCUUCCAUUUAAAGGGGAUUCACAAGAAGCAGUUUUUGAGGCUAUUAAGAAUUCCAAGCUAGAGUUCCAAACCGGGAUGUGGGAAUCAAUAUCUAAACCUGCACGAGAUCUUGUUGGGAGAAUGCUGACAAGGGAUAUUUCAGCAAGGAUAACAGCUGAUGAAGUACUUAGACAUCCAUGGAUAUCUUUCUACACAGAACGUACAUUGAAGAUCCUGCCCGUUGAAUCAAAGUUGAAGCACCAAAAUGGAGCUGCUUGCCACAACUUUGUUGCUGCACCUGAACCUAGGUUAGGAAGAAACAGGAUGGAUGAUGGGUUCCUUAAUGAGGUUUCAAGCCUUUCUUCAUCAUCUGAAAGUUGCAAUUCAGAAUAUCAUGAUGUUUGUGUGUGGAUUGAUGCACUUGCCAAUGCAAUUUCACAUGUAAGGAUAUCUGAACCAAAGAGGAGCAAGUUGUGGGCAGUUCCAAUUCAUCAGCAAGGUUUAUGA